AAUUCCAUCGAUUCUCUCAUUCUCUCAUUGUUCAAGAGCAAGAAGAAGAUGACGACUGGUGUCAACACAGUUUCUGAUCGUUCGGACAAGAAGAUUCAUGCUGACAUUGAUGAGAGUAAAGUCAAAGCACCAAACAUGUUUGAACGAGCAAAAGAAGAGUUUGAUGCUGUUGUUGGAGCUAUUCAUCAACGCAAGAGUUCAAAGGACGAAUCUGAUAAAAUGGAACUCAAAUCGGAGAAACCAGAAGAUGGAAAGAAAAAACCGAAUAUGAUCAAAAAGGCGAGGGAAGACCUCAAAUCUUUAUUUCAGAAGGAGAAACCUCCUCGCCAUCAUCAUCAUCAUCACAAAGAAACUCAUGGAAGGAGUGAUGAUAUCAAUGAGAACACUCCAGUUGAUGAAGUGAAGGCUCCUAAUGUUUUGGAGAGAGCCAAGGAAGAAAUCGAGGCCGUCAUCGAUACCAUCCAUCCCGAGUUGCGUUCUCGGUCUGUCUCACCGGAGAGAGCUGGAUUCGCAUGCAACAUUGGAAAGGGUUUGGAAAAGAUUUGUUCUCCUUGGGGUGAUGAUAAAAAGGAUUAAAUUAUUCUUAUGAUUGAUGAUCAUAAACUUGUGUGUUAGUUGUCAUAAUAGACUUGGUUUUAAGUUUCAAUCAGUUUGUUGAUUCUUAGGUACUAAAUUGUUACCUUAACAGACUUUGCUUGUUCUUUUCAUAUUUCAAAAAAAAUCAUUGUCCUCUAUGUAAAUAUUAUAAAUUCGUGCGCUUGUU